AUGAAGACAGUCGGGAUCAUUGGCGGCAGCACCGACCUGGCCACGGCCGAAUACUACAAGCUGAUAAAUGCCCACAUCCGCUCAAAACUGGGCGGGUUCCACACUGGCGAAAUCAUUAUUAACUCAAUGAAUUUUGAGCGCAGCGCUCAUUUUGUGACCAACGACCUUUGGGAUGAGGGAGCAGAGUACUUGCAUGGAAAGGCGCUCAGUUUGGAGAGAGCCGGAGCCGAUUUCAUCAUCUGCGUUUCGAAUACUUGGCACAAGGUUUCAGAAGCGUUCAUGAAGGAUAUCAAGAUCCCCCUCUAUCACAUUGUCGAUCCCACGGCUCAGUCAAUCUUGGACCAAAAACUACAAACCGUCGCCUUGCUGGGUACUAAAGCUACGAUGGCGUCAACUUACUUGCCCAACGAAUUCUUAACCCGCUUUGGAAUAAACGUCAUUGUGCCCACGGAAGAAGAGCAGAAAUAUGUGGACGACGUGAUUUUCAACGAACUCGCCAAAUCACAAUUCACCGAGGAAUCUAGACAGGGAUACCUCAAAAUCGUCGACAGCUUGGUUUCUCGAGGAGCUCAGGGCGUUAUUUUGGGCUGCACAGAGAUCCCGUUGCUCAUUGAACAGAAGGAUCGGCCAAAUAUUCCGAUGUUUAAUACUUUGGAACUGCACGCUAGAGGUGCUGCAGAGAAAGCAUUGUCCGAUUGA